GCAAUAUUAAACGCUCCAGCGGGAGAGAAAGAAGUGUACGGUCUUUGAAAACAAAUAAAGGCGCGUUUAGGAUUUGAGGUAAAACACGAGUUAUGACGCAACGUGGUAGUGAUACGUCAUGCGCGUGACGUGGCGGGGAAGUUGUCUCAAAGCGGAAUGGAUACACGCUCGGCUUUGCUGCAGAGGAAUAUUGACUUGUUACAGAAGCAGCACAGAGAAACUCUGGGGAAAUUACACGGUGAAAUAGAUUUUUUAAAACGGGAAAAUAAAGAGCUGCAGUAUAAGCUGAUAAUGGUUCUUCCGAAGUCGAGCAGUAAAGGAUCCAGCCAGAGAAUCUGUAAGCAUACAGACAGCAGCAAGUUCCAGAGAGACAGAAGGAACUAUCUGGAACAGACUUUAGAGGAAACCUGCUCACCACAAACCACAGAGAUCAGCAGUCAUUUACAAUGUAGAGAAACCAGAUCAAAUUCCCUCACAGCCGAUAGAAUAGACAAAGCAGGGUUCAUCACUUCUCUACAGCCUCUGAUGAUGCAGUGCAGCCCAUCUCAGGCCCCUCGACCUCCCACCCUGCGGGAAUGUGAGGUCAUCAUACGUCAGCUGUACAAUGCUAACAGCCUGCAGUCCCAAGAGAUCGAACGUGUUAAAGCUGUUCUCAAAGACAUCGUGUUCAACAAGAAAAUAACUGCAGAGAAUUACAUUUUGACCAAGUCUUAUCUUGCUGAUGGUAAAAGAGCUGACGAAUCAGACACGUUUCCUCAGCUUUCUCUCCAAACGCUGCCUAAAGGACUACCUGUGUCUCAGGCUAGUAAAGCAGAGAAAGUGAUCCUCCCUGCCCUCAAACAGCCCCUCAAUAACAUAGCAGACAGACACCGGAGGACUCAGGCCGUGCAGAGACGUCGACUACAGAGGACUCUGCACUGAAGGACCAGUCGUGUGGUCACGUGACUUCUGUGCUGCACAUUUCAGAGUGAAACAGCCGUUUAAAUGUCUUUAUUAUUGAAGCAAUGCACAAACAGUUAAGGCCUUAGUGUACUACACUAAACAAAACAGAUGAUAACUGAUGUAAAUAAAAAAAGACAAAGAAAGUAUUAAUAUAUUGCCAUCAUUCCAUAGAGGUGCGAGGAUUAUACUGGGCUGAUAGUGCUGAUG